UGAACGCCUCACAUAUGGGCGGAAUUGUUCAAGUUGUCCUACAAAACAUCCGAUAGAGUUUCUCCUCUCGGGCGUUGACCGAUAAAGCAUGCAGGUGUCUCUGGUUAUGAGCUACUCCGGUGCGGUGCUGCUGCUGUUGCUGCAGGGAUGUUCUACCGCUGCACGGGAAUGGGGGGCUUUAAAAAACGAUGCUACAGAAAGAAUACCAGAAUACAUUGAUGAAACGCCGCCGGUGGAGCGUCAAACACAGACAGUCAACAAUAAUACAAUGAAUCGUCCAAAAAACUCCGGGCGGAUAUCAUCUGCGAACUCACCUACUUAUGCGGCAUCAGAGAUGACCUGCAAUGAACUGCGGUCCACCCGCUUCAUCACAGACGGCUUGUGCCGCAGCGCCAAGGCCGUGCGGGAGCUGGUGUGUUCAGGCCAGUGCCGGCCGCCCAACUCCAUCGGGGGGAAAUGGUGGCGGAGCAGCGCGUCUGACUACCGCUGCGUGCCCGCCCACGCCCGCACCCAGCGCGUACAGCUCCACUGCCCCAACGGCCAGACGCGGACCUACAAGAUCCGGGCCGUGACCUCCUGCAAGUGCAAGCGCUAUACCCGCAACCACAACCAGUCGGACGCCAAGGAGACGGCUUCCGCAACGCAGAAGGCCCACCGCAACAAGAAGCGCGCGCGGCAGGCGCUUGUGCGGAGCAGGAGCAAAGCGCCCAAGCUAAAUAGCAAUACGUACUGAGGGAGGCAGAGGAGGAAGUCAUACGUUAUGUGAACUGCUACAAGACAUAGUUUGAAUAAACAUGAAAAAGAAAGAGACAUACAUAUUCACGAUCAUACACAUGCACACCCAAACACCUGCACAUGAGCACAGAUACCCAAGCAACAAGCAAAACUGACUUGGACAGAUACUAUCACUCACUAACUCACACACACCACACACACACACACACACACAGCCAACUAAUGUAACCGUCCAAACGCCACUCCUUGAUUCCAAGGAAAGCAGAGAUAAGAAGAUUUUGUAAGCUGCCUUUAAAAGAAAUUCUAUAUUUUCUUUGGACUGUCAUGUAAAGCCCUAUUCCCACCUGUUUUUUGACUAUACCUGUCACUGUCACUUUCCAGACAUACUGCCAAUCCUCCCCUUGCCCUGCCUGCUAGACCUAUUGUCAUUGAGUAAUAAGGGGUGAACAAAGAAAAAUACUUUGGAGCUUUAUUGGAAAGCUCACAAAAGGAGCAAUCUACAGAUUAGGGACUUUCAUGUUUGGAAUGUAACUAUUCAAGUGAGGUAUCCCACUGUUCUUCAACAACUAAAAAGGACUGAUUGAAUUGGUAAAAUCUGUACGUAAAUCUUUUGCUGUGCAUAUUUGGUUGUACCCACAACCACAGUGAUUGUUGAAAGGUCUGCGAGUGUAGACAUUGGAAACAAUUACAUGAUAAAGUCCUCUUCAACUCAUCCCAUUGCUGCCAAAGCAAGUGUCAUCCCAGCACAUAUACUGGGAGCAAACAUGGACACAAAGCUGACCAAACCAAAGUGAACCGGGGAGCCAGGCUCCCCCCAGACAGACUUGUGCUGCUUCACUGCACCACAGGUGAAGUGUGUGUUUAUGUAGCUGAACUGAAGUCAUCACCACCAGGGAACGGCCCAGUGGUCGUUUGGCUGCCUUAGGGUGUUGGACCCUAAUGGGCCGCUUCUGCUGACAGAUCCGCGAGGCGUAACAUUCUUAACCCUGGUCACCGCGCGGAGCGUCCCCUCAAGACACAGCCAGCGGAGAGCUAUCCGCUAACGCUAAUCCACACCGCUGGCAGGGGGGGACUUGCAAUUCCCACAGCCCCCAUAACAACCUUACCGGACCUGUCAGGAGGAACCAAAACCGAUUACCAGUGAGACAGAGUGGGAACAGUUGUGUCAGCACUCCACCAUAGAGGUCCUGCAGGGCCUCUAGAGCUGCACUGGGUAUGCCAGUGACUUGUCCUAAUUACUAAAUGGUCCCAUUCCUGUGUUUAGCAUUCGAGUCAUAAAAAGCCAUUUCCUCUGGACAUGGCCAGUUCCUGUUUGUUAGAAUAGGGCAAAUUAGGGCCCACAUGUGCGCGUGUGGAGGAGUAUGCAGCAAUUGCGCCAGUGGUUACCUUGAGGGCAUAGCACUGGUGAAGUUACGCCUUCCCUGACUUCCACUGAAACUCAUUUGAACUUGCUGGCCAAUCACAAUAGCUAUCGGAUUCCAAUAGCCCACAUUCAACCCUGCGUGAACUCUCAGUGUGAGGACAGAAUUCAGUCUCUUCGACCUUGUCUCUCUUUCGACUCAUCCACAGAAUAGAACACGUAGAAAUGUAGCCCAAAGCCAAAGCUAAAUAUGAACAGCUUGUUGAUACAGGGUGACACAGGAUGCAGACACCAGGGGAAGGCACAGAAUGCCAGACAGUGCCAGACAAAGUCAGACAGUGUUGUCCUUAACAUCACACACGACAACACAUGCAACACACAGACACACACAGACAUGAAACCACACACAUGUACAUACUCACAGUCUCAUCGUUGACCCUGAUCUCAGUAUAUUUUAUGAAGAAUACUUUGGACAUUUCCGCACAUUGUUUGAGCCCUGAUGUUUUCACUCGAUUGCUUCCAUAUCGCUGCUCUCUAAACAGUGCUGACAAUGUUUGCUUCUCUUUCAAUUGUGUGUUUGAAAUAGCAACUGGAAGGGAUCUUUAUUGUCUGAACAGAGUUGCUGUGUAUAGCCUGAUUGUACAUAAUGUACCUAUGUGUUCUGUUGGAGAGGGUCCCUUGAAAGCUCCAAAGAGAUGAUCCACCUCCACAGUGACCCUAAGAAGGACUGUUACAAAGAAUGAACUGCGUAUUUAUUUUUCAUUUCUACAUUUAAAUUAUUUAUGCAACUUUUUUGUAGUAAAUAAUAGCCAUUAUUGUACAAUAUAAAAGAAAUAGUGAAAUUCCUAACAUAAAAAGAGUACAUGAAUAAACUAAAGCAAAGUAUAUUUGAAAGAAAAAAA